AUGAAUGACCAGGGACAGCAAAAUGGGAGCGCUAUAAUCCAUUCCUUUAGCAACGCCCAGAAGCAGAGUCAGCAAGCUCUGAAGAGCUUCGUGGAGCCCUACCGUACAGGUGAUGAGCUUGCUGAGAAGGAACUGGAAUUUAAAACGAGAAACAAUAGGUUCAGUGUCCUCCAGUCAUCCCCCAAAAUGCCUGGAUUUAGUCACAAGGGGCAUCAGUUUAGAAGCAUUGAUGAGGCAUCCAUGCUGCAGUGCUUCAAGAUGAGCCUUAAAAUCCACACUUCCCUGGCAAUAGCUAAAGAACUUCAUUACAAAUCCGUAGUAGUUAUAGUCGUGGAGAGGAGUUUCCGAGUUACGGCAGGACUCUGUGUCAGCGACUGGAUGAGACAAGAUGCACCACAGGUAGGAAGCCUAGAGAAAACCAUCAUCAAUGUAAAGAUAAUUCACCAAGUUCUUACAGUGCUUGCAUAUAAAGAACUGAGUCAUGAGUGGCUGAACCUUGAGUGCCACGUAGCAGUUUCAACGGUAGAGGAUGUUCUCUUUUAUUUGGUACCAUUGGCUUUAGGGAAGCCCGAAGGACCAUCUGCUCCAUCAGAGUCACACGCAGAGGGUUCUGCUCUUGCCUUUGGAAGUUGGCUUCCUGAGCUGGUGAACGAGCCAGUCCUGCUGACCUACUCUCAGAUAUCACAGGCACCGGCUGUGUCUGACAGAGACCUUUCUGCAAGUACACAUGCAGGUCUGCUCUGUAAAGACUUUAUCAUUUGCAGAUUAUUGCCCAGAGUGGCUACGAGCUGUGGUGUGAUCCUGUCACAGAGAGAGCCGGGUCGCGUUUUCAGAACAGCAGGAAACAGAUACACCUCUGACUUGAAAGGGUCCACAACGAUGCCACUGCUGAGAGGGUCACAAGAAAAUUGUGAUCUCCGAGAGCCUAGAUUUUUAACUUCACAUGCAGCCCCUACUGACAGAGAGAAGGAAACUGAAGAUGAUGAAGCAGAAUCGAGGCCAUCAAGCUACAGAUGGUCUUAUAAAUGGAACCCCAAAUGAGUUCAACUAACAACUUCUACCGAGGACCCCUGGACCGACCCGCUGGUAUUUUCACUGGCCUGGAGAGCUCCCAACUGGAGGACACUACAACUGCAGGGACCUUUCAUCACCCCUGUCCAGCAGGAAAUAGCUAGGGCGGUCAUCUGCCAAAUUCCCAACAGUAGUUGGGGUUUUAGUCCUGUUUAGAGGGGGGAUUGAGAGGUGACAACAUGCUAGCAGCCCUCGCUCACUCUCAGUGCCUCCUCGGCCUCGGUGUCUGUUCUGGCCACACUUGAGGCGUCCUUCAGCCCACCACUAUGCUGUGGGGGCCCCUCUCUGGGGCUGGCUGAGGCCGGAGCUGGCUCCCUCUACUGGCAGGGAGGUGUGGAGGGAGAGGCACGGGUGGGAGCUGGGGCUGCACGUGCACUCACGGGCCAGCGUGGGUUCUAGGUGGGCACGGGCUUGGUGGGCCCUGCACCCUUUGUGGCCAGCUGGUGCCUGCUGGGCUUGAUCAGGGGACAAGCUCCCUCUGGGCUACCAGAGUGCCCAGCCUAGGUGAUGCAAAGUCCCAUGGCAAGUGCCAUUGAGAGGUAAAGCUGGCUGGGCUUCUGGGUCGGGUGAGGACUUGGAGAACUUUUGCGUCUAGCUAAAGGAUUGUAAACGCAUC